GCUCAAGAGCGCGAGAGAGAUAUUGAUGAGUGCAUUCGGAAACCAUGCCAUUCUAAUGCAACAUGCACCAACACUGAUGGAAAUUACACAUGUACUUGUCGACAUGGGUUCGAAGGAGAUGGGAUGGUGCCACCCGGAAUAGGUUGCAGAGCUAAAGAAAGCCAAUCUACAAUUAUUCCUAUUGCACUCGGUAUUAGCAUUGGCCUCUUAGUGCUCCUUGUUGGAAGUUCUUUGGUAUAUUGGUUACUACAGAAAAGAAAACUCGUUAAACUCAAAGAAAAGUGGUUCCAACAAAAUGGUGGCCUAAUGUUACAACAAAGACUUCCAAAUCAAACAGGAUCCAUGGAGACAACGAAAGUCUUUAGCACUGAAGAACUUGAAAAGCCAACCGACAAUUACAACAAAAGUAGAGUCAUUGGCCAAGGAGGCUGCGGUGUUGUUUAUAAAGGAAUAUUGUCAGAUAAUAGAGUGGUUGCGAUUAAAAAGUCCAAAAUUGGGGAACAAAGCCAGAUUGAGCAAUUCAUAAAUGAGGUGAUUGUGCUUACUCAAAUCAAUCAUAGAAAUGUUGUUAAACUAUUAGGUUGUUGUUUGGAAACAGAAGUGCCCAUGCUAGUCUAUGAAUUCAUCACAAAUGGGACGCUUUCUGAUCAUCUUCAUGAUAAAAGUCGAUCAUCCUUACUCUCAUGGGACAAACGUCUUAAGAUAGCAACAGAAACUGCAGGUUCCCUUGCAUACUUACAUUAUGAAGCUUCGAUGCCAAUUAUACACCAAGAUGUAAAAACUGCAAAUAUACUUUUGGAUGAAAACCACACAGCAAAAGUAUCAGACUUUGGAGCUUCAAGAAUCGUUCCUCUUGAUCAAACACAACUAACAACUUUGGUUCAAGGAACGUUUGGGUACUUGGACCCAGAAUACUUCCAUACUAGUCAUCUGACAGACAAGAGUGACGUCUACAGUUUUGGUGUUGUUUUAGCAGAGUUAUUGACAGGCAAAAAGGUUAUUUCUUUCGAUAGGCUUGAGAGUGAGAGAAAUCUAGCAACGUACUUUGUUUCUAUGGUAAAAGAUGAUCGUUUAGUAGAAGUUCUUGAUGACAACAUUCACAAUGGAAGUAACGUUGAGGAACUAAAAAAAGUUGCUAAUGUUGCAAAAAGAUGCCUAAGUGUUAAAGGAGAUGAUAGGCCUACUAUGAAGGAGGUGGCGGUGGAGCUUGAUGGAUUGAGAGUUCAGGGAAAGCAAGUAAGGAAGGAAGCUAAUCUCAACAAAAAAGAGAGUGAGUAUUCGCUUAGUGCAUCAGCACACUCUUUAAGCAUUGAUGUUGGGGUUGGCUAUUCUUCCACAGGUACCAUUGAUAGCAUGGGAAAUCAAGCACUAACACCAACAGAUGAUGGCAGAUAAUCCAUUAGUCAUGAUUAAACCACAAUCAGCCAGCAUCUUCCUCCAAGUCAACGAAUGAUGGUAGAUUUCAGUCUCUUUGCAUGCAGUGUUCAAGUUUUCUCCAUAUAGAUCUUUUUGUGUGUUAAAAGUUUUCUCUCAUGGUUUGCUUUGUAUUAUUGGGAGCUUUUGUAUGUACGAGUGAGCAAGUCCAAUACUGCAUAAUUAAUUAGGUGUCCGCUUUGAGGGUCCUUUCAUCAUGUGUGCUCUAAGUUUUUAUUUGUGAAUUAUGGAUAGAUUAAUUGUAACUUAAAUAUUAGUGUUUGGUG